AUGGCAGGCGGGAAGCUUAACGGCCUCGCAUCCGACAACGUCGAAGAAAGGACCGUUACCGGCAUGAUCCGCGUGCUCGGCGAGAGGGUCGCAGCGCUCGAGCCGCUACAAGCGGAGGCGAGGGACUUGUGGGCGAAGGUCACGGACCUGAGGGCGGAGUUGAUGGACCUGAGGGCGGAGAAGGAGCGGGCGAAGUUUGUCUAUGCGGCUAAACUCUGCUUGAAGGGCGCGCUUUGCCCACUCAUACUUGACCUGAUGUUGGAGUAUGCCAACAAGUCAGACGCGGCGACGGUCUCGUACCUCUACGACCGGUUGCACGCUCUCUGCCUCACAAACUGGCGCAGCUUGCACGACAAGCUCUUGAGUAGCCACAACCGCCCCGCCUUCGAGGAUAUCGUGCCGCCCUCCUUCUUUGACGCGUUGCAAGCCGCUGUCAGGGCCUUCAAGAACAAGACACUUGACCCGCACAACCUCUUCACUGCCUCGCUCCGCAUCACAACGGUCGAAGCCAUCAAGGCCAAGAACAAGUCGAGAAACGAGGACGCCCAUUCCUCAACCAGGGCCAUCUUCUCCGAGAUCUGCCGGGACGUGGCACAAGUUGACUCGAAGCGCAUCGAAUCUCUCAUUGAGCUGUUGCCUGAAGACUCUUGGUCCUGA